AUGGCCAACUCACACGAGAACACCGCCGCUGCGGCGGCCUCAACUGCGGCUGUCAGGCCCCUUAGCUACGUCUCGCUGCGUAGCCACGAUGAAAAGCGCGUUAUUCUCCCUGUGGCCGCCGCGGCUGGGUCACGUGUCCUCCACGGCAUUUUUCAAGGCUUGUACGUGAUGCAGCUGCACCAGUGCACCUCACCGGCGGACCAGCCAACGCAUGGGCAAGAGGAGCGGCAUCCUGCGGUGGAAGAAGGUGUGUGGCAAGGGGAGCUCUACACUGCGAAACCCAGCGGUGGCAACCGCAGCAGCAGCAGCAGCGAUGUCCCCAGCAAGGUGCUUAACAGUGCUGCGGUGAAGAUGGAAGAUUCAACCCCUGUCAUUGAAGACGAGGACGACAGCGAAGAGGCCGACACCAACCUCCAGGCAAGUGACGCCGUCUAUCGAAGCUACGCCGCUGUAUUCCCGAGCAACGUGGCGUGUGUACCGCCCCCGCCUCUGUCCCUGCCGUCGGCGGCACACGUCGCAGCUGAGCCGCCGCCAUGUGUGCCGCCGCUGCUGGACGUGCCGAUUCGCUCGCUGGAGUCGAGCACGCUGAUGCGCGUUGCCGAGUUUCUCGUGGUGAAGACCACGCUGGCGAGUCAUCCGCACUACCUGCAUGAAACCGAUGUCUUCGGCGACCUUGACCGCACCUCAGAGCAAGACCAGCUCGUGGCAAUGCAGGUGCUUCUGGGGGCCGACUUCCUGAACUGCUAG